GCCACCGACCGACCCUCGUUUCUCCUCUCCCUCCUGGCGCCAGACCCGCUUGGGUGCCCGCCGGCCAUGGAGACGCCACUGGAGAAGGCCUUGGCCACCUUGGUGUACACCUUCCACAAAUACUCGGGGAAAGAAGGGGACAAGUUUACUCUGAGCAAGCGAGAGCUGAAGGAGCUGGUGAAACAAGAGCUGGCCCUGGGAGAGAAGAUGAAGGACCGAGGGAUCGACAAGCUCAUGGAGACUCUCGACAAGAAUAACGACGACGAAAUCGAUUUCAAGGAAUACACGGGCUUUCUCUCGGCCCUCUGCAUGUCCUACAACGAUUUCUUCCAGCAGGAUGCCAAAUAGGGGCCCCGGGGAGAAGGGAAGCCCCCA